AUGGUGUACCAUAGUUUUGAUUGUGCGGUUGACGACCCUCAUAACUACUAUCCUCCUGAAUUCCUUAACACAUUGACCCCUAAUGGGCUGCCCCCGCAUGUGUUGAAGCUCAAGAUUAACUGCCCUGUCAUAUUGCUCAGGAACAUUGACCCCGCGAACGGACUUUGCAAUGGCACGAGGCUGGUGGUUCGAGGAUUCCAAAGGAAUGUCAUCGAUGCAGAAAUUGUCCUUGGCCAACAUGCUGGAAAAAGGAUCUUCUUGCCAAGGAUUCCCCUUUGCCCCUCUGAUGAUGAGAUGUUUCCUUUUCAGUUCAAGAGGAAGCAAUUUCCAAUAAGGCUCAGCUUCGCCAUGACGGUUAACAAGGCACAAGGGCAAACUAUCCCGAAUGUCGGUAUUUACUUGCCCGAGCCAGUGUUCUCUCACGGGCAGUUGUAUGUUGCACUAUCUAGAUCCACCGCUAGAAAGAAUGUCAAGAUUCUUGCCGUCCCUGAUCCUGGUAAUAAGAAAAGAAACUCAGAUGACAGCAAAAAGAAGAGUUCAACUUGCAGCAAAAACGAGAGCUGCGAUUAUCCUGUUGGUACGUACACGAAGAACAUCGUCUAUAAAGAGAUCCUUACAUCAUAG